GACUUCAUUAUUGUAUAUCUUCGCUGAAACCUCUACAAAAGGUCCUUCAUCAAGGUCUUUCUCGGAGAGACGUUCCAGCCAUGACCAUCACGUACUAUUAUUACGUCUAUGGUCACUACGUUGUUCGAUGAAUCGUUUCCUGUUUUAAGAUAAUGUUGAACUACUGUCGGUUGUAUUUGAUCCCUGCUUCACUCAGACAUGUUGGACAGAGGUACGUCUCUGAGCAAGGAUUUAAAUAUGGGUUCACUCCGCCUCAAGCUUUGAAGAACAAGAAACCAAGGGCACAGACCUCCGAGAAUGAUCGACCUUUCAUUGACUACAAAGAGGUACAAGUGACUGCCGGUCGAGGGGGCGAUGGCUGCCUAAGCUUCCUUCGCCUCCCACAGAAUGAGUGGGCCGGUCCAGACGGUGGAGAUGGCGGCAAUGGGGGACAUGUAGUGUUUGAAGCAAACCGCAACUUCAAAUCUCUGGGUCACGUGAAGACGUUGAUAUAUGGUAAAGACGGCGCCAAUGGGCGGAACAACAACAGACAUGGCAAGAAUGCCGGCCAUUUCAUAGUGAAUGUGCCGGUCGGAACCAUGGUGAGGAACGAACAGAUGGAAAUCCUGGGCAAUCUCAAGAAAGCAGGCAGCUACUUCUUGGCAGCGAGGGGGGGUGCCGGAGGCAAAGGGAAUCGGUUCUUCCUUACCAACGAGGAGAGGGCACCAUCUUGUGCUGAGACGGGAGCCGAGGGGGAGCAGCGUCGGUUGAGCCUUGAGCUGCAGGCAUUGGCACAUGUUGGACUCAUCGGUUUCCCCAACGCUGGCAAAUCCACCCUUCUACGAGCCAUCAGUCGCGCCCGACCUCGGGUAGCUGCGUACCCUUUCACCACCCUCAACCCUCACAUUGGCAUGAUAGAUUAUGAUGACUAUAUCCAAGUUGCAGUUGCUGACAUUCCAGGUUUGAUCGAGGGAGCGCACCUCAACAAAGGGCUCGGUUACUCCUUCCUGCGCCACAUCGAACGCUGCACCUGCCUCCUCUACGUCGUCGACCUGUCGGGCCACAAGUGCUGGACGCAGCUGACCGCGCUGAAGACCGAGCUGGAGCACUACCAGCCGGGCCUGUCGAAGAGGCCCCACGCCAUCGUCGCCAACAAGAUCGACAUACCGUGGGCACAGAAAAACCUCGAAGAGCUAAAGGGCCACGUGGACAUGCCCAUAUUUGCCCUGUCGGCAAAGAAUAAGCAAAAUAUCAGUCCCCUUGUGGACCACGUGAGGACUUUGUACGACAAUAACGUUAGUAACCAUGACAGCGAAGACAGUGAUGAUGAUGAUGAUGAUGAUGAUGAUGGUGGUGGUGGUGGUGGUGGUGGUGGUUAUGGUGGGAGAAGGACUUAUUUGUGAUUAUAAAGUAUUUAAUUUUGGAAACUAGUUUA